CGCGCCAUCAUGCCAUGACCUAAGCCCUUACGCAUGCAUUAUUAUUUUAAUAAGACCCAGUCCCACCUCGACAUAUAAGAGAGUCGGCCUUUCCGCUUGCUGUUCGGAAAUGAAGGAGCGGAGAAGUUCCUUUCGAAUCCCCUAUCUGCUGGACCACAUCUAAAGGCAUAAUAAGAUUAUCCUGAGUCACAAUGGUCGCUACAGCUAGCGAAACUGUUGCUCUCACUGCUGAGAUUCGACUCUGGCGCCAAUCCGGCCCCAAGUGAUUCAUUAGCCAACCCGAUCGCGCACUUUGCCGGGUGUAGUUGCCAAUGAAUCAAAAUGUACUCGACGGCAGAUUGGAGUGGGGCUCACUUUUAUUCCAUCAAUUGGAAUCGGGCAGUACGCACAUUCUCGGGCCGGACUCGCCAGCGCUCCGUUCCGUUCUUAGCGAGCUGGCACUCUACAUAAUGAUCAACGUGGGGCGGAGAAAUGGGCCCGAAAAUCUCCCUCCUACUGAACACACGGGCUCUAUUCCGUGAGGGUCCUCCAACGCUAAGAAGCUCCCCAUUCGGACAUGACAGACUUUCUUUUCAUCGACUAUCAAAAUGACAGCCGGCAGAACCGUUCACUUAAGAAGCAAAAAUACGGCUUUGUGCAACGCACGAGUCAUCGCAAACAGCGCCUCGUAGCGAUAGGGAGGCUAAAAUCGUCGACGCUUGUCCUUCGCCAACGCCUUCCCUUGCCAUAUAUCCCCUCUGAAAUAGAGAGGACCGAGCCAGGUAGAGCUGAGAAGAUCGAACAAGAUGGUUCAGAAUCAAGUGCAGCUACAGCUGGAACAGAUACUCAACAGUUCAAGCAGAUCAUCCCGGUGGCAGGGAUCGGGUCUCCUAAAACACUGCUGGGUGAUGGUUUCAUAGACCCCUUUUCCUCAAGCGCAUUUCCAAUGACUGAAUUUAUGAACUCUUUCUUCCAUCAAUUACGACACUUCACCAUUCCCGGCUCGUAUCCCCUCGACAAAUCACGCAUGAGUGUAUGGUGGUGGCAGCAGGGACUUUCGCAGCCAGUAAUUCAAUUAGCACUACUUGUCUCGGCUGCAGGCCACCAGAACGCAAUGAACUCUCUUAAUAAUACCGCUUCUGGACAUUUACAACAAUCAGUUAGAGAGCAUCUCCGCCUUCAAGGAAACAUGAUCGGGAUGUUGAAUGGCCUUCUUCGGGACACAGCCGCGGCCAAGUCUACUGUCCUAAUUGUCGGGUCGCUCAGGGCAAUUGAGGCAAUCCAAGGCAAUGUCGAAGCGGUUGUGGCACAUACAAAAGGCCUCGAAGUUUUGAUUCAGCUCAAUGGUGGCCUUGAAGCGAUGGACCACAUGAUCCUGUCCAAACUAUACCAUGGUGAUAUUAUGAGAGCAGCUCUGACAAACACGCCACCGACCCUACCCCUGACAGCGACCUGGCGCAGCGAGAUUCGACAAGAAACGGAGGUCUUCUAUUCAACACGUAAUUUCAUGACGUACUUGGACGAGAGAUACAGAAAGACCGCAUUUCAAUUAUAUGUCCUCGGAACUUCAUUCUUCGCGGCGCCCUGGUAUGAGGGCCUAGAAGAUAGUAUGAAGAAUUUUCUUCACUUGUCCCAGCGAUCGAUUCAAUACUACGAGGUUGCAUGCCUGCGGCCCUCAAUCAUUUUGCCCACAGAUAACGACCUUUUCGUGCUUCUUGAAUACCAGCUUAUCUCUAUUCGCUACCCACAAAAACCAGCUGCUUCGUGUACGAUCUCAACUCUUUUGCACGAGCCCCUCCGCCUCACCCUCUUUAUUUAUCUGAACAUGUGUGUUUGGCGUUUCCAGGUCUUCCCAGUCAUGCAGUAUAUGGUCAAUCCUUUACUGCAAAGCCUGAGCUCCACCGCACCCGUUCCGACCCUGGAACGAAUCAAACAAGGUGCCCCUGACGUACUCUUUUGGAUACUGUUCAUGGGUGGCAUGGCAUCACGGGGGCAUGAGGGGCAUUCCUGGUUUGUCGCGCAAUUGGUUGAAUUGACUUUGGACUUGGGUAUCCGUGAUUGGUUUGGGGCGCGGGAAAUAUUGGGCGGAUUUCUCUUUUCAGACCAACCUGGUCAAUUGGGAGGUGAGGAGCUUUGGGAACAGGUGAUUCGGCCUGAGCAGUUGAGGCUACUAAGUACGAGUGAUACUGAAUGCGGUCUACGAUCUUGUCAGUAUCAAACACAUUAGACAUGCUGGGUCCCGUGCGGUAUUUGUGGUGUUUUACGUUGAAUAUGCCUAUCAUCAGCCAGGCUGGCGGACUUGAUGUCUACGAUUGUCCAAUUCCACGUUCAAUGGCAAACAUUCCAUAGAUUAGGGAAAUGAGCUUCCUCAAGUUGCAAAC